GAUCCUUUUAAUUGAACGAAGUAGCCUUGAAGACAUUAAAUUUUUUUGUUGAAAUAUUAUCAUGUUUAAAGAGACAAUUUUAAACAAUAUUGCCUUUUUAUCCUCCAGUUACUCGUUGCUAUGUGUAUUCGUGUUUUUGUAUUAGAGUUUUGAAAUGCCUGUUAUGUAUAAACAAGUUCCAAUGGCUGAAUGUGUAAAUUGCGGCUUAGGCAAUGAAGAUUUGAGGCAAGGUAUUAUGCCACCUGGACCUAUGUUUGCUGAUAUGAUUCUUCGAGGUAUGCAGGACUUGAAAUGUGUUGAUUUGAACACUCUACCUUCUCAAAAUGAAGAGAACAGUAGCACAAUGCUGUCACUUAAUCAAAGAGAUAAUGAAGAGCUAGCAUCUCCUGUUUUAAAUAAUUUAACUAAUACAACUGAAUCACCUGCAAAAGAAUCCUCUGAUGAGGAUUCUGUAAAUCAUAAAACCAUUGAAAAACAGACUAAACAAAUUGCUGCAGAAAAUACUCAAGUGCCUUCAAUGGAAAGUUCUGUAUAUUUUUUACCAAUAAAUUAUAAUAAAAGAAAUCCUUGGCGUAGAAUAAGUGGCUUUCAUACAGCUGGGAAUGAACUCAGAAGUGCUACUUAUCCUGCCCGGUCCAGUGUGAAGAAACUUCGCUUUGCACAAGCUAAAAAGCCCCUCAACUAUUUAUACUCUUACUUCUCCGUAGAAAUUUUGGACUGUGAUGAUCAAAGCAGUAUUACAAUUGGAGUCAGUAGAAAAGAUUAUCCAAGUAAGAUGGCUCCUGGGAAAGCAGCAGGUUCUAUUGGAUACUUUUCAGAUUCAGGCUCAAUAUAUGUCCGUGAUUCUGUUCACUUAGAUGGAAUUUCAUUUUCAAAAGGUGAUACCAUAGGUUGUGGCAUAAUUUAUCCACCCCAUUAUAAACGCUAUGCAGAUUUAUCAACAGAUGACAAUAGUGAUGGCAUGACUGAUGUGGUUUUAACUUCACUUUUAAAUAAGAAGUGUAUGGACUUUGUAAUCAAUGUUUUGAAUCUCAAUGUACAAAAGGAUGAAUCUUCAGCCUAUGAUGACAGUGCAUGUUCUGAUGACUUCAAAACAGGGAGUGAGGAAUCGGAUUAUUAUAAUGAAAAUUUUGUAGAAAGUCGAACACAAGUAGAGAUAUAUUUCACUUACAACCUGCAGGUGAUUGGAAAAGUGUUAUCUCAUAUUCCUAUUGGUGGUUUUUAUCCAACUGUGCACGUCUUCUCUUCUAGUGCAAUACUCAUGAAUGUUGACUUGAAUCCGCCUUCUUCUUAGCAUACUCUGAUUUGCUCCAUCCUGUUCAUUGUACAUAAUAAAUGCCGAUUUCUGUGGAAGGGAUGUUUUGACUAUGUAAUAGGGUAGUGUUUUAAGCUUUGAUUGAGUUAAAUGUAUAUUUUCUCUUGUGUUUAACUUAUUGUUUUUUAUUGUAUUAUUAUGUUAAGGAAUGCUUUUUUUUUUUUUUUUUUUUUUUUUCUUCUGUUAAGCUCUGCCAGUUCCUAAACUAUGGUAAUGAUGCAGUUUGUUAUUGAAAACAUUUAAACUGAUAAUCUUUAAUAUUUAGGAAGAGUAAAGCUUUGUGGUUGGGAGUGUAAUCAGAUAAUGUUUUUUUGUGCAUAUUUAUUUGUGUGUAAAUUUUGUUGCAUAUGAAUGAGUCCUGAAGCUUGUUGAUUAGUUAAAACAGAUUACAUCGUGAGUUUUUAUAACUCGCUUCUAACCUGCCAGAUAAAAAAAAAUGUGAUGCUGAAACUAGAAAUUUGUACAUAAUAAAAUAAAGCUGUUUUUAUUUCAUCUUGUUAUUCAAACAUGAAGAAAGUUAUCUUUUCUGACUUUCAAAUAUUACAGCAUAGAAUUUCAAAGGUAGUAUCAUACAUCAGUAUUGAAAAAUUUCUGAAAAUAGGCUAUUGCUUUAAUAAUGUAAUUAAUUUCUUUUGAUUAAUGCUAUAAUUUUUUUUAAGUCUAGUCUUUAUAAUCUGUUAUGAACUUAUAAUCCAAUUAUAUUUUAGAGCUUUUUUUUUAUUUAAAGAAAGGAUAUGAAGAAUUAACUCCAAACAAACCUUGUUUUUUCACCUUUUUAUUAUAUAAACAACAAUGAAACCUUAGAGCUUAAAUUUGAUAAAUAAAACUAUCAGCAAUAAUAUGUCUUACUUUUGUACCAUACUGCAGUAACAACUUUGCAGUAAUUCUACUGAUAAAUUCUAUAAAUAAAGCAUAUUUAGAAUCGAUGUUGAAAUGAUGCAGAAAUUGAAUGGAGAGAGUUCUUUUCCCUGCUUCCCCAAGAACUUUUUUACAAAAAUUGCAUAUUAUUGUGUUAAAUUAAUGCUGUGAGCUUUAAAUGUUUGUAUUGAAAUUUUAGCAAGGUUUACAAGGCUACACAUCUAUUCUGUUUUAAAUUGCAAAUCUAGUUUUCGUGGAAACAUGUUACUUUGAAUAUAUUAUAUAUUUUAUUUGACUUAAAUUUUUGGAAUUCUAGUUUUUAAUUUUCAUUAUUUUUACUAUGAACAGUUUGUGAUUAAAAUGCUUAUGAGGUAUUUCUUUUCUUUUCUUUUAAUUAAAUUUUUUAAAAAUUCUCUAUUAAAUUCAGUUCUAUUCCAGAAUUAACAAUUGCUUUGUAUUAUAAUUAUUUGUGUGGGAAAAUGCUGCUAAUUACAACAAAUUAUCAUCUUUGUUUUCUGCAAAAAAAAAUCAUAAAAAAUUGUUUAUUUUUCAAAAAUAAUUUACAUUUUUUGAUAUUCUGAAUGAAAAAUUCAGUAUGAGACAAUUACUUUAUAUUAAUUACCAUUCUUACAAAUGCUUUUAUAUUGAAAAAUCUGUGUGUAUGUAUAUAAUAUAUAUAUAUAUAUAUAUAUAUAUAUAUAUAUAUAUAUAUAUAUAUAUAUAUAUUCCCUCUUCUGAAUUCAGUAUCAUGGCUACAAAGUAUUUAGGUUGAUAUUUGUAAAGAAUUUAUACAAAAACAGAAUUGUGUUGCUAAUGCUACAGAGUUGGAUUUUUAUAUAAUAAUCAGCAAUUUUUUCUUCUUGAAUUGACAUAAAGCACAGCAAAGUGUAAUAUCUCAUUUAUAUUUCCUAAUUCUAUGCAUCAACUGCAUGGAAAUUCAAGUAACUGCUACUAUGUUGUUUUAGCUGGAAGUGAAAUAUAUUUACAGUUAACAUUGAGUCUGAAAACAUGCACUGUAGAUUCUCAUCUAUCUGCCCUCAAGUUGUGGCCAAACCAUAGUUAUAUAAAUGCUUUUUCUGCACCACCUCAAUUAUUUAAAACAUCCAUUUAAUUUUAAAUAUUUAUUUUCUAAGCUUUUAGUACAAGUUAAUAUAAUAAACACUAUUAUAGAAAACCUAAAAUCUUGAGUUUUUCACAGAAUGAAUAGAAAUGCUUUUUAAAAUUUUCAAGACAUUCAAAAGGUAACUGAAUUCUUACAAAAGUUUUUUAUUUUUGUCUUAAUAUGCGAUUGAUUUCAUUAAUGGUGAAACAUAUUGCCAUCCUAUAAAUAACUGAUGAAGUGGGGAAAUAUAUUGUUUCCUUGUUAUAAACUGAUGCUUGUGUCAUGUAGAGUAAUUGUUUCAGUCGGUUGCAGUGCCUUUUUGGAAUAAUAUAAUACAUUUUUAUUAUGAUUUUUUUAAUUAGGCUAGAUAGUUAAUAGUCUACUGUGCAUUCAUUGUUGUUGGGUAUUGAAUUGUCCAUAUAUUAGAUGUUACAUUAAUUUAUCGACACAUUUGUAUUAUUUUUUAAUGAUUUCAAAAUGCAUAUUUUUGUAAACACUUUUUAUUGUAGCCUGCUAUGUAUGUAUGCAAUCGUCUCGGACACUUUUACAACAACGCAAUUUUUUUUCAAGUACUUGUUUGCAAGUUUAUUGCGCUUACUAUGAAAUUUUUUGCACAAUAUAAAUUAAAUUAAUAAAAAUAAUUCUCAAAUUUGUGGUAUUUAAUAAUGAGCUGUAAAUGCUACUUCAUGUUCACAUGCCAUGCUUAUUUUAUACAUAUGUAUCUAGUUUAUUUUUUUCUAGUUAUGUAUGUGACAUCUUUUAAUUUUUUUCAUUGUUUUUGAAGCUAAGAUUGUAUUUUUAUUUGAUUGACAAUAUUGAAAAGAAAUCUUUUCACUCACUUUAUGAGAUUUUUUAAAGUUAUCAGCAAUACAUUAAGUAAUUUCAUUAAAUAUCCCAUGUGAAAAUUUGCCAUCUCAUAAAGUAAAGUAGCUUAAAAAGAUUUCUGGUACUCAUUGUACAGAAGUUCAGUACUUUGUACACUUAAAAAACAGGAAGUUAUCAGUUUUCUUUAUCUGUUAAUUUGAAUGUAUUAAAAGCCAAAGUGUAAUAAUUCCUAAAUAGGAAAAAAAAUGGUCCAAAUUUUUAAACUUUAUUUCUCUUGUAAAUGAAAGUUAGUAAAAUGUUCCAUUUGCUAGAAUGCAAGUUUUUAUUGCCAACAACAAGUUAAUUGAAAUAAAAUUUGGUAUUUAUUAUUGUGUGGUCUGUUCUGUUAUAUUUGUUCUGAUCUCUCUUUACUUAUUAUCAUGUAUCUUGCUGAAUUGAAAAUUCAAAAAAUUGUUUAUAUAUCUAAUAUAUAAAAAUCUCGUGUCGCAAUGUCUGUGUUCGUACUCCUCCGAAACGGCUCGACCGAUUUUCAUGAAAUUUUUUAUGUGCAUUUGGUAGGUAUGUCGUAAAGUAUAUUUCAUAACGCUAGCUAAUUAGGGUGUUCCUAUCCACGUUCACCGUACGCUGAGGAGAUCAACGCUUGCUUGAAAUCAUCGCCACUGUGACGUAAUGUUGAAACAGUCCAGCUAAAAAUAAACAGGCGCGUCCAAAUGCUACAAAAUCCGUCUGCUGACACAUUCUCGGACCAAUUGUUAGAUAUCGGCGAUGGAAAAGUUGCUGUCUAAUAAAAAACUGCAUGCAUAAAAUUGUCCACUAAUUUCUGCACUAUCGUUGAUUCGCAAAAUGUUCUCAUUGACCGCAUAUUUCCCGAUGUACGCACACAAUGCAUAAAUCAUGCGUGGCUGGCAGAAAGAGCCAUUUUGGCAGCAAAAAAUGUGGACGUCGAUGAUUUACACUUCAAGAUACAGCAGUCGUUGCCAAGCGACUUGGUAUCAUACAAAUUGAUCGAUACAGUUUGCGAUGCUAACGAAGCUGUAAAUUAUCCAACAGUUUUUGAACUCGCUGGAUUUGCCAGGCAUGCCACCAUACCUUCUACGACUGAAAGUUGGAUCUCCGGUUAUUUUACUUCGGAAUUUGAACCCACCAUGACACGCGAUUGAUCAUUAAAAAAGCGAUGGAAAACGUUAUCGAAGCCACCAUUUUGAAUGGUAAAUUCCGAGCACAAAAUGUUUUGCUGCCACGAAUUCCAAUGAUUCUCACAGACGUGGCACUCGAAUUCAAAUGCGUUCAAUUUCCUAUUAGAUUCGCAUUCGCAGUGACAAUCAACAAGUCGCAAGACCAAACAAUGUCUGUUUGCGGCUUAGAUUUGGGCACACCAUGUUUUUCACACGUGGCAUGUUCUCGCGUGGGCAACUAUCGAGCUUAUUUGUGUUGGCUAAAGACGGACUGAGAAAAAAUAUCGUGCACUCAAUUGCUCUUCGAAAUGAAUAUUGAUUUUCUUUAUUUCAUUUGUAUACUUUAGGACAAAAAUAUAUUACUUUUUUCACUUUACGUUUAACUUUUAAGAGUUCAAACAGUGUAUAUGUUCGUUAUGUUAAUGAAAUACAUUGUAUUGAAAAAAUGAA